AUGUUUAAGGAAAAACCAGGAAUAUCUAGAAGAGGACUAUCUGAAAAGGCUAGCAGAAGCUCAAAAAGAAGAAGAAAUGAGAUUCAUAAUGAUGAUGAGCAAGAAAAUAAUGUGAUGGGGGAAAAAGAAUCAAGAAAACCAGUUGAUUCUAAUCUGAAAUUUGAGUUUUUAGUUGGUGAAGACUGUUAUGAUAGCAUUGUGUUGUAUUUUUACAACAAAUUUUCUGUAAACUAUUCUAAUCAUUAUAAUUUAAGGAAUUUAGAAAUAUAUGGUAUCAUUAUCUCGGGAUUUGAAUUAACCAUUUAUGUGUUAGACCAUCCAGGUUUUGGUGCGUAUAGGAUUCAAAAGGCUGCACAAUUAAAUAUUCCUGCAAAAGAAGAGAAUGAUAAUUAUUAUUUUUAUAUAAAUAAAUCAAUGUUUGCAAUUGAUAAGAUGUCAAAACUUGUCAAUAAUCUAAAUUCUGAACUUGAACAGAAGUCCUCAAAAAAGAAUGAGAAAGAUUUUCUAGUAUCUUCAUUGAGUAGAACAAUGAAGUCACCAACAAAUUAUUUAUAA